AUGGACCCUUCCGAACAGAGUAUAGUAGAGACCACUGCCGUCCAGGAACUGGUUACUCCUCAAACGGCCAAAGAGGACCCUCUUAUGCCAGAUCCCGUUACGACACACCAAGUUGAUGAUGACGUUCCAUCAGUCAAUCUGUCGGAUCUGCAAAAAGACCUAUCAAAAAUAAACAGCGACUACACAGAACUACAAUCGUUAAUCCUAUCAAAGGAUUCCAUCACAACUCAUUCUAUUGAGAAUCUAUUCGAUUCCUUGAAAAUUAUCUCCCAUAAUCAAUCCGUAUUGGAAAAUAAAUUAGAAGACGCUUUAAAAAAUCAAAUGAAUACAGAUUUAUUAGUUAAUAAUAUCAACGAUCGUCUCAAUACUAUUUCAACUGCCUUGUUGAAAAAUAAAAAUUCUCACACGCUAUCAGAUCAUACAUUCGAUUUACCAACUUCUUCUUCCUCUUCAAAUCGCAGAGGCCCCGGAAGACCAAGAAAGGAAAACUUUUUUUCUGCAACGGGUAAUAACAUCAUUAAUAGUAACAACAGCAACCAUAAUAGCAACAACAAUAAUAAUAUUCAACCUUUAAAAGUCUCACUGCCCACAGGGUCUGUACAAAUAUCUAAAUCAAAAAGAUACUUCGUCGACCCAUUGACAAACGUUAAAUCAAACUCUCCGUCUUCCGUAGACUCUAGUGUCGUCCCAUCUUCUGCAGGAAAUCCGGCCACUUCAAAAAAGAGAAGAGGCAGACCUCCAAAGAAGAGAACUGUGGAUACCGUCAUCAAGAAAUUUAGUGAAGAGGACGAACAUGACUCUCAAGAACAUUUACAUUCGUCUCCAUCAAGAUUAGAAGAUGAAAGUGACAACAAUGCAGUAGAUGAUGAAGUUAGCGAAACGGAAGAAGAAGCUGAAGAUGACGAAGAAGAAGACGGUGCUGAAGAAUUUGAUGAAGAUUAUAAUGAAGAAGGUGAUGACACUAAAACAGACGGAAGUAGAAGGAGAAGAAGAAGAAGGAGAAGCAAUUGGGAUAAAAAUGGUCGUGAAUUUGUCAUCACUACAAAAGAAACUUCACCAGGUGGCACUGCCCAUCUCAAUAAGCAACAAAGAGAAUUGGAUAAGUUGAGAGAUCCACGUGAAAAAAUGCUCGUUAGUAUGAAAUAUAAUGACAGAGAUAAGACAAAAUCUUUUAUGGAAUCAAAUAGAAAAUUAUUAAUGGCAAUGAAAGAAGAUGAAAGACGAAGAAGGAUGACAUCAAUGGUUUACGACAAUUUUCACAAUCAAGAUGAAGUCGGCCAAAUGAGAACUUUAGAUUUAAACACAGCAGAUUCGCAAACUGAUCUUACUCCUUCAUCGACUAAUCAACAACAAAACCAAACAACUGAUUCAAAUGGUAUAAUGGCCGAAAGUACCAUAAAUCAAACCAACAUACCUCUAAAUUCAACGACACAUAAAAAAGUCGGAUUAUCUGCAAUUUUGAAUUCAGAUGAUUCAGGGCCAACAAGUAGUAAUCAGAAUACUACACCAAAGAAAAGGUUAAGAUCUGAAUUAUCAAGUAACCCAAUGGAUGAUGAUUUAAUGAGAGCUAAGACAAAAGAGGAACAGUAUGAAGAAUUACAUCCUUUAUUAGGACCAAAAUCAGAACCAUCAGAUAAUUUAGGUAGACAAUUGAGAAAAAAACGGCUAUUAUCGUCAUCUUCUACUACUACUACUGCCUUAACUCCUACUGCCACUAGCGCAUUAGUUCCAACUGGCACUGCUUCCUCUCCACCACCGUCUAGAAAAUCUAGUGAACUAACAUUAUCCAAAGAUGUUAAGCCAACGGAAUAUAAAACGUACAUUUUUGGUUCUCCAAUAGAACUACUUUGUAAAGGUGGAUUUUUUUACAAUAGGGACGAACCAAAUAUUCCAAUAACUACUGGUACAUAUCUAGAUUUCAAAUUUAAAGCGAAAGAGGAAGAAUUAUUGGAAUCAAAUCGUAGUAGAUUGCAACAAAAUAAAACAAGUGAUAAUGACGAUACUGUAAAUAGUAAUUUCUUCGGUCUCGGUGAUAAGAAGAAGCCAUACGCACAUAUUAGUAACCCAAAUUCCAAUUUAAAUAAACAUGAACGUAAUAAUGCACAUUAUUUGAAACAAGACAUUGCCGAAGAAACUGCUUUAACUUGUAGAAUCUUGAGAAAGACAAUUUUAACUGAAAAGUACGUUAAUUCUUUGGAAUAUUUCUUAAUGGAAUUUGAAUGGGAAAAUAAAUUAGUUGAAUUAGGUUUGAAAUUAAGAGAAUCAAAGAGAACGUGGCAAAGAAGAAAGGCAUUAUUUACAUUAUUUGAAUUUUGGAGAGAUCAAUCAAGAGAGAAGAGAGGCUUUAAGAACUUCACUAUUUUACAUAGUGUGAAAGAGAUGGAAAAUUACAGAAUUUUUAUCAACAGAUCAGUAUCAUGGUUUUACAAUCAUAUCACUUUAUUGAAAAUGAUUUUAUAUGAUUUAUGUGAUAAUAUUGAUUCUCAAUGGAGGGAAUGGAUGUUUCCAAGAGAUUCCACUUUACCAUAUUUAGGACAAGAGUCUGAGGAUGGUGCGUCGGUCAGUGAAGACAAUAUCAAUGAAGCAAUUGACAAUAUGUUAAUGUUUGAUUUCUUAGAUAACGGUAGUUUAAAUAACCAGAUCAAAUCCUCAAAAGUUGUUGUACCAAUGAAUCUGUAG